AAGUUUGAUGCCAAUCAAUAAACGUUUUUUUCUACUUUGGCUCUUCAGAUCAUUCCCUGCAUGAAUUUAACUCAAGGUUUGUGAUGUUUUCACUUUAGGCACCCAUGGUACCACUGAGGGGUCUCAUCUUCCUCUGCCUGCUUCAUCUGUGUGUUCAAGGCAUUCAGGGUGUGAACACUGCCGUCCUUGCUAAAAUGAUGCAGUAUUUUUAUGACAAUGUCCAGCCAAAAACCCAAUCGCAAACUGAUGCUCAGUAUGCAAUAGCGAUUGGUGUCCCACCGGAUCAGUGUACAAAAGAAGGAUCUGAUAUCCAGACUGUGUUUCCCCAGAAAGAUGCAAAACUUGUAAAAGAGAAGCUCAGUAAAGGAGAGAAAUGUUUCCUCUGCACAUCAAGCAAAGUCAUUGCCACAAGGCCAGAUUCAAAAACAAAGGAACAUUCUGAGCAUAUUCUGCUCUAUCCUCCUCUUAAAUCUCCCAUGGAUGAACUUCUAAAAAAGACAGAUAAGGAUAGCUGUGUAGUUUUCUUUAACUCACCUUGUGUGAAAACAUGCAUUCAGAGUGAGGACAAUAUUUUGGCUGGCCUUUCAAACUGGAUAAAUCAAAGAAAAGAGGGAAUUAACGCAUUUAUCUUCCAAGAGAUCUGGCAGAAGGACAAGAAGAAGGAUCUGCAAGAAGAAUUUCUAAAGAUCAAUGCGGUAGUGCCUCUUUAUCGCUGUAAGAAAACCAGUAAUGGGAUGGCAUGUCGGAAAUGUGUGGAAAAUAAUAUUAUGGAUCCUUUCUGUCUGCCUGAAAAGAAAUAAGUAAUUUUCCUUUUCUUAAAAAUGCUUCUGUCAGUGAUCAAACUGUGGCUGAUUAAUAAAUGAUUUCCUCUUUCAUUAAACUCUUUUUGCCCAGUGUUGUGGUUGUUAACCAGUUCUUCAUUGUUAUCUGUUGUCGUAAUACUGUUGUGAAAUCAUACUUGUGUGCAUACCUCUCAGGUGUGCCGUAUUCUGUGCUGCUGAAGUUUCAGUGAGUAAAGUAGCGUUCUGCCAAAUCGCUGUUUUGUGUCUUCUCCUGAACGUAACAUUUGGCGACAAGGAUGGCUUUAUCUUUACCACCCCCUGAGCCAUUUCUGCCCCACGCUGGUGAUCCUGUCGUGCCGUGGGAGCGCUGGUAUGUGUCAUUUCAGACGUAUCUUGUUGCCGCGGGCUUGGAUGAUGUCCCG